AUGUCUUCAAGAAAUGCAAAAUUUGGGCAUCCUGCCCCCAACUUCAAAGAAAGAGUUGUUAUGCCAGAUGGACAAUUCAAAGAUAUCAGCCUGAGUGAUUACAAAGGAAAAUAUGUCGUAUUCUUCUUUUACCCUCUGGAUUUUACUUCUGUGUGCCCCACUGAGAUCAUUGCUUUCAGUGAUAGGGCAGAAGAAUUUAAGAAUCUAAACUGCCAAGUGAUUGGAGCUUCUGUGGAUUCUCACUUCUGUCAUUGGGCAUGGGUUAAUACACCCAAGAAACAAGGAGGAUUGGGACCUAUGAACAUUCCUUUGGUAUCAGAUCCCAAGCUCAGUAUUGCUCAGGAUUAUGGAGUCUUAAAGGCUGAUGAAAGUAUCUCUUUCAGGGGCCUCUUUAUUAUUGAUGAUAAAGGUAUCCUUCGACAGAUCACUGUAAAUGAUCUUCCUGUUGGCCGCUCCGUGGAUGAGACUCUGAGACUAGUUCAGGCCUUCCAUUUCACUGACAAACAUGGUGAAGUGUGCCCAGCUGGCUGGAAACCUGGCAGUGAUACCAUGAAGCCUGAUGUCCAAAAGAGCAAAGAAUAUUUCUCUAAGCAGAAGUGA